CUGAUCCGCGACGGCCUUAAGUUUUCUACAAGCGCGGGUUGCAAACGUCCGGGACACCACAGCCUCACCCCGCCGAGGCGAGGGAACAAUAGCCCGCAAUCGCGCGGAGAGGAGGCGCCGGGAUAAACCGUACUAUCGUGGGCUCUUAGUCAAGUCUCGCGAUAGUCUCCGCCGGGCGUCCCUUCGCAGCAACGCCGCCAACCGCGUGUCGGCUCGGAAACAUCGCGGGAUUUCCGUCUCCUAGUCCCCGCCCCUUUACGGCACGAUGGUCGUGCAAGAAUGUGAUACAGGCUCGACGGCCGCCAUUUUCUUUCUUUCUUAACAGUUAGCCGAGAGGGGAACCUCCGCGAGGGACCGGCCGCGUGUGCUGUAGCGUGGGCAUGGCUGACUACUCAACAGUGCCUCCGCCGUCGUCUGGCUCAGCUGGCGGCGGCGGCGGCGGAGGAGUUAACGAUGCUUUCAAAGAUGCCCUGCAGAGAGCGCGGCAGAUUGCAGCAAAAAUUGGGGGUGAUGCUGGUACAUCAUUGAAUUCAAAUGACUAUGGUUAUGGGGGACAGAAGCGACCUUUAGAAGAUGGAGAUCAACCAGAUGCUAAGAAAGUACCUCCCCAAAAUGACUCUUUUGGAGCACAGUUACCACCAAUGCAUCAGCAGCAAAGAUCUGUAAUGACAGAAGAAUAUAAAGUUCCAGAUGGAAUGGUUGGAUUUAUAAUUGGCAGAGGAGGUGAACAGAUCUCACGAAUACAGCAGGAAUCUGGAUGCAAAAUACAGAUAGCUCCUGAUAGUGGUGGCCUUCCAGAAAGGUCUUGUAUGCUAACUGGAACACCUGAAUCUGUCCAAUCAGCCAAAAGAUUAUUGGACCAGAUUGUUGAAAAGGGAAGACCAGCCCCUGGCUUUCAUCAUGGUGAUGGACCUGGAAAUGCAGUUCAGGAAAUCAUGAUUCCAGCCAGCAAAGCAGGACUGGUCAUUGGAAAGGGGGGAGAGACUAUCAAACAACUUCAGGAACGAGCUGGCGUUAAAAUGGUUAUGAUUCAAGACGGGCCUCAAAACACCGGUGCUGAUAAACCUCUGAGGAUUACGGGAGACCCGUACAAAGUUCAGCAAGCCAAGGAAAUGGUAUUAGAGUUAAUUCGUGAUCAAGGUGGUUUCCGAGAAGUACGGAAUGAGUAUGGCUCAAGAAUAGGAGGAAAUGAAGGGAUAGAUGUCCCAAUUCCAAGAUUUGCUGUUGGCAUUGUAAUAGGAAGAAACGGAGAAAUGAUUAAAAAAAUACAAAAUGAUGCUGGUGUUCGAAUUCAGUUUAAGCCAGAUGAUGGAACAACUCCUGAUAGGAUAGCACAGAUAACAGGACCUCCAGACCGAUGUCAGCAUGCUGCAGAAAUUAUCACAGACCUUCUACGAAGUGUUCAGGCUGGCAAUCCUGGUGGGCCUGGACCUGGUGGUCGAGGACGAGGUAGAGGUCAAGGAAACUGGAAUAUGGGACCACCUGGUGGACUUCAGGAAUUUAAUUUCAUUGUGCCAACUGGGAAAACUGGAUUGAUAAUUGGAAAAGGUGGUGAAACCAUAAAAAGCAUAAGCCAGCAGUCCGGUGCAAGAAUAGAACUUCAGAGAAAUCCUCCACCUAAUGCAGAUCCCAAUAUGAAGUUAUUUACAAUUCGGGGCACUCCACAGCAAAUAGACUAUGCUCGACAACUCAUAGAAGAGAAGAUUGGGGGCCCAGUUAAUCCUUUAGGGCCACCUGUACCCCAUGGGCCCCAUGGGGUUCCAGGUCCUCAUGGGCCUCCUGGACCUCCAGGGCCUGGAACUCCAAUGGGACCAUACAACCCUGCACCUUACAACCCAGGACCACCUGGCCCAGCUCCUCACGGUCCUCCAGCCCCAUAUGCUCCCCAGGGAUGGGGAAAUGCGUAUCCACAUUGGCAGCAACAGGCUCCUCCUGACCCAGCUAAGGCAGGAACAGAUCCAAACUCGGCAGCGUGGGCUGCCUAUUAUGCUCACUAUUACCAGCAGCAGGCACAGCCUCCCCCUGCAGCUCCUGCUGGUGCACCAGCUACAACCCAAACCAAUGGACAAGGUAACUACGGAGAUCAGCAGAAUCCAGCUCCAGCUGGACAGGUUGAUUAUACAAAGGCUUGGGAAGAGUACUACAAGAAAAUGGGUCAAGCAGUUCCUGCUCCUGCUGGGGCCCCACCAGGUGGUCAACCAGAUUAUAGUGCAGCCUGGGCUGAAUACUAUAGACAGCAAGCAGCAUACUAUGCCCAGACAAGUCCCCAGGGAAUGCCACAGCAUCCUCCAGCACCUCAGUGCCUUCCCAGACCUUCCACCUUAGGUUCUGCUGCAAAAAGCAACAGUGCUGAAGAUGCUGCAAGCACCAAAUCAUAGCUCAUAAAAUCAGGUCCUGAGAUAGUUACCCAUAAAGAGGAAGCCUUUGAGUGUAUGCCAUUGGUGAGCCGAUGAGCAUGGACCAUAGAAGGGCUCAAUGUAGAAGGUAAAAUUGGCAAAUCAUAAUUGAGAAAUAUGAACUGUAUUCCCAUACAUAAUAUGGUAUAGGGUGUAAUGUACCUGCUCUUGAUCACUUUUCAUUUUAAAGUGCUAUUCACUUAAAUGUUCCAUGAACUGUUUAAGUUAUAUAUAGUUAUUGCACCACAGUGUGUGUGUGUGUGUGUGUGUGUGUGUGUGUGUGUGUGUGUGUGUGUGUAAGAAAGAGAAAUAGGUCAGGUCAGUAUGUUGCAAGCAGAUCUUUAGAGCCUGUCAAGUUUUGGUUAGUUGUAGUUUCCAUUUAGAAAUGUAGAUGAAUGCUUGUAGAUAUUGGAGGUUGUUUCUAUCUUGAACUUUUAUUACCAUAAGCCUUCACUGGUGCUGUAAGCAUUUUACAUAGAAUGGAUCUUAACCUUUAAAUAGAAAGUAGAAAAGGUGAGCCAAUUGAUGAAUUGAUGAAUGUGGCAGAUUGGUAGAGAAGUGAAUGGUUUAGAUUGAAAGUUUACAGAUUAUUUUAAUGCCAUACAUGAUAGUGUAGUGAUAUUUUGAAUUUUUUGCUUUGAUGUUUCAGAAAUGCGUAUACUAGAGAAUCAUUUUAAUACUAAAACUGGUGACCUGAUACUAGUUGUAAAGUGUUUUCUUAAACAAAUAUCUUGGUAUUUAAUUGACUAAAGUGGGUUUAGAUAGGAGUAGCAAGUGCUCUCGGGGAAGUUUUUGUUCAUUUGAAUACUUUGCCAUUACAACCAGUUCUUCCUGAAAAUAGUUACUUGUAUAGAAUAUUGAUGUAGAAUUAAUUCACUGGAGAUAAUCUUGUUUUAGUUCUGCAAACUCUGCCUGGCUUAAAAUGCAUUUUCAUAAUACUUAAAAAUAAUUUGACUGAAAAUAACUCUGCUUUUUUGUUUAAUCAGUCAGUCAACUUUUACUACAAGUUUAAUUGAGGGAUUUUUUUAAUUGGUGCUUUAAAAAAGCAAAUAAAUCCCUGGGUUUUAUUUUCUUCAGUGAUACCCUAAAGAAACUCUAAUGUAUUUGCGAGUAUAUAUAUAUUUUCUUAUGCAUGCUCGAUGCAUUUUCGUCCUGAGAAAAGUGUUCUCUACAGAAACUACCCGUGUGUUAAAAGAAGAUUGGCUUAAAAUGGCUACUGUGAUGGGAACAGUGUCUUAGGGAGAUGCAGCUUGGACUUGAGGUAAAUUGAAUACUUUACAAACUGGUUUAGAGUUUUGCUUUAAUGACAUUGUAUGUAAAAGGGCACAUGAUUGUUGUAAUUUUGUAUUCUUUGUUUUCUUUAAUUAAAAAAUAAAUGUACAGUGAUUACUAUUA